AUUAAAAAGGUCUCCUUCCUUUCAAUGGUACUUUACUUUCAGUUUCCAAGGAAGCGCCUCUUUGCUGCGCAUGUGCCAUAGAUUGGGCUUCACCUUUUUCCGUCAACAUCACUUUUGCAUUUACUUCCAUUUCAAUCACUGGAUGUAUUUUAACCGAUAUUUCUUCAGCAAAUGAGGGGCGAAUAUCCGUAUUUUGUUGUUGUGGCGAGUGUUUCCACACUCGUGUUUCCUCUGUCGUGUCAAAAUGUGAGCUCUGACGGGACUUGGACCAAGUUAAAUGGCUUUGCAGUUGAUUUCGACUCGUUCAGAGAGCAGUUUCACCGCAUGUAUGAGGUCAACAGCGAGGAAUUCAACCGCCGUCAUCUCUAUUUUCAGAAUGCCAUAGAACGACAUGCAUACCUGAACUCAUUCUCCACCAUACCACAGUCCGCCAAGUAUGGCAUCAACCAAUUCUCUGAUCUCUCACCGAAGGAAUUCAGAGAUCUGUACCUGCGAGCGAGCGCUGACAGGGCUCCUCUCUUCUCUGGACUGAAGACAGAGGAGCUCCCAGAAAUAUUUGAUUGGAGGGACAAAGCUGUGGUGACACCGGUUCAGAACCAAGGAGCAUGUGGGAGUUGUUGGGCAUUUAGUGUGGUUGGCGCCAUACAAUCCGUCAGUGCUAUUGGAGGCUCGCAGCUGGAGCGACUCAGUGUGCAGCAGGUUCUUGACUGCUCUUACAAAAAUGAAGGCUGCGAUGGAGGCUCUCCAGUCCGGGCCCUGAAUUGGUUAGAGCAGACCAGAGUGAAAUUGGUUCCUCAGUCAGAGUAUCCCUACAAGGCUAAGGGAGGAAUCUGCCAUUUUUUCUCUCGGUCACAUGAUGGGGUUGGUGUGAAGAACUUUACUGCACAUGACUUCAGCGGUCAAGAGAAGGCAAUGAUGGGUCAGCUGGUGGAGCAUGGUCCCUUGGCUGCUAUCGUGGAUGCUGUCAGCUGGCAGGAUUACCUGGGUGGAAUCAUCCAGCACCACUGCUCCAGCCAAUGGUCUAACCAUGCUGUCCUGGUUGUUGGAUACAACACUGCUGGGGAUGUUCCAUACUGGAUCGUGCAGAACUCCUGGGGAACCACAUGGGGGGACGAGGGUUAUGUUUAUAUAAAAAUCGGUGGAAACGUUUGUGGUAUUGCAGAUUCUGUGGCAGCAGUUUUCCUUUGACAAUAUCCUCGUGUAUAUCUGUCAUUAUAUGUGUUUGCGUGAGUGGCUGUGUGUGUGUGUUCACUGCUGACAAAAUUAAAUCAGUCAUUUGUUUGCCUUGAAGUGUCACUUUAAAUAAUGCUUUUUAUUGAAAUGUCACCAUGUUACAUCACUGAAACACAAUAAAUCACUUUAUAUUCUGA